GAAGCAGGCAAGGUCAUGAAUCCGGGAGCCAACAAUCUCAGGUGGUUGACAGGAUAGAUCGUUCGUGCCUAACUCAAGAAUUAAUAUGUCAGGCUUAUAACCCUUCAACCACUCUAUAUCGUACGCAAAAAUCCUGUGCCUUUCAAGGAAACAUGUCCUGAAGACGCCAGAUGAAAAUUCUUGUACCCGCGCUUGUCAAAAUCCGAAUUCAAAUCCUCGUUUAAGCGACAUACGAAAGAGUGGCCGAAUAUUAGAAUGUUGGGUAUAAAGCCGGACAUAUUAUGCAAAGUAAUUACUGUAAUUAUAACAAAUAAAUUUAUUAAAUAGGCAAAGCCAGAAUACCUCCGAUCCAAUGAAGUUCUUGAAGUUCUUGUAUAAAACUUGAAGACGUGACAAGACCGUAGCUUGAGAACAAUGAUCUUGUCGUGACUUGUGAAGUUCUUUAUAUAAAGUCACGUAAGGUCACGUGCUAUACCGCAUGCAGUGCCUGAUAAAAUUUUUACUUACAUUCGGCGUUUCUGCGCUUGUGGGUAUUCAAACCCACAGCCUUCCUACAACUUUUCCCACAUAUAUCGCACAACACUUCUUGGCCACAUGGACAUUCUGGUACCUGGCAGCCAGUCCUGCCCUCCUCCCCCACGCACAACCUCAUCAUCUUUGCCUGUUCUUUCUCUGUUCUUCUUCUACAGUUCUUUUUAUGGCUACCUAGGCCUUGUGUGUUUUUAAAAAUUGCGUCACAAUAUGGACAUUUGUGGGGGUUUUUAUCGCUGCUGCUGUUGUUGUUGUUGCUGUUGUUGUUGUUGCUGUCGUUGCUGCUGCAGGUGGCUUCCUCCUCACCGCCCAAUACAAGAUGCCACCACCAACACAUGCCGUCAUAUUCAUCGCUCUUGUCUCUUCAAGCUUCCUCCUUUUCGGCGCCAGCGAUGACACCACCACCGGACUCACCGUUCCCGUCAGCGAUAGCGGGCCGCCUGCAUGCAUUGCCGUGGAAUUUAAUCGCAUUGACACUCAUCUCGUUCUUUCACAAACAUCAGAUAAGCGAGGGUUUCCAGGGUUGCCACUGACGGAAGACAUUUCAGUUUGGUAAAUUUCACCUCGAAUUUCACUACCGAACUGAUUUGUAUUUCAAAUUUCGUGCUAUUUAGUUUUAAAUAAAGUGGGCGGUGCUUAGGAAGCGGAAGUGACGUUUAAAUUCUUGUGUGUUACCACUUGGUGUUUCCUUAUUUUCCUUUUCUUUUUUAACAAUUAAUUUAAUGAUCACCCUGGUGAUACAUUUGUUAAUAAUUAGCAAAUGAUCAUCCUGGUGAUCAUUUUAUUAAUUUUUAACCCAUUACAAAAGACAUUCCACUUUUCCUUUUUUCUUUCCUUUUUUCCUUUAUAACACAUUGCACAUGCGUAACAGAGCUCCAAACCCAAAGCCGUGGUUGGCCAAACUAAUUUACAAUUUAAAUUUCGCGCUUAUUAAAUUCUUGUGUGUUACCACUUGGUGUUUCCUUUUUUUCCUUUUCUUUUUUAACAAUUAAUUUAAUGAUCACCCUGGCGAUACAUUUGAUAAUAAUUAGCAAAUCAUCAUCAUGGUCAUCAUUUUAUUAAUUUUUAACCCAUUCCAAAAGACAUUCCACUUUUCCUUUUUUCCAGGGUAAUUUUAAUAUUAAGUACUAUGAUAAAAAUAAUAUGAUAAUAUAAUUUUAAUAUUAACUACUUUGAUAAAUUGGAUAAAAUAAAAACUUAUACCAAUACAUCAAAGUAAUUAUUAUAAAAUAAACUUUUACCCGCGUCAUUUCCAGGUUAUCCCUUUUUAAAAUAAAUUUUUAAAUAAUGUGAAUUUAAUAUACUGGCACGACAAAAAUCGCUCCAGUACAUCAAAGCCAAUUUUUUAAAAAAUAGUGAUAACAAAAAUCGCUUCAGUACAUCGAUAACUCAUUUUGGAAAAAAAUCGUCAGUACUUUUAGAAAUAAAAAUGUUAAUUUUUGUAUAACCUCUUCCUCCAGAACAUAUAAAAAUGUCCUGGAGAUGAAGUUAUUACAAAAAAUUAUUAUUUCUUCCUUUCAACGGUGUAAACUGUACAAAGAUGCAUUGAUGAAACAUGUAAUAAUAAUAAAAAUACAUGUUUUCAUCAAUGUAACUUGGACAAUUUUAACUUAUUUUCUAAACCUAUAUUAUCUUCAUUUUUUCAUUAAGGGAGGUGCUGCUGGACGAUGGCAAAAAACUGACUAUCGCGAGCAAAAACUCUUUAAUAAAAAAACAGUCCAGUUUCUUCUUUUUUCUUCGUUGGGUACAAUGAUCAAUAUAACGUUGGUAUAAUCAUCUUUCGGUAAACGAAGGAUGAUCAUUCCAACGAUGUAUCAAACAUAUUUUCAUUAUUAGGUUUUUCAUUAUAAUGGAACACGUCUUUCUUUCUUCAUUCUUUUUUCUUUCUUCUUCAAAAUGAUUUCUUUUUUAAAUAUCCUGGGUGUAAUAGUAUUAUUAGUAUUUUGAUCAACCUUAUCAGCAUACAUAUAAAGUAGACGUUGACGAGGUUGAAAAAAAUAAUUGUACUAAAAUAACAAUAAUGUUUUCUUUAUAUUUCGGUUAUUUUAAAAAUGUGGCGAUAUUACCUGUGAAUUUGUUAUAUAAACAGCAGAUUCAAAAGCAAUACGGCAGCAUUUUUAAAACUUAAAAUUUAUCUGUAAAAUGUAUUUUAGUUUAACAUUCCUGUGUUUAAAUUUGGAAUUUAAAGUAUGUAUGGAGGAAAUGUUGGUAUGUUUUUUAUUUUUACUCUUGGGUAAAUAAAUAGCGAGAUAAAACUAAAAAUCAUUUAUCGCUUCCCUUGCCUUUAACAGAACCAUGCAAAUUAUCAUACUCAUUCCAGCGUACCCAAGUCAUGAUGAGCUCCGUUUUCUGGGCGAAAUAUCAAGCGGACAAUAAAUAGACAAAACUGCAAUUGGGAAAUAAAUGGCUAUGCGUGUAGAGCGCAUGCCGAAUUAUUAUUUCAUAACAAAUGUUACAAUUUUACUUUUUGAAUACGUAAAUAAGAGUUCGUUAACUGUUCGCACAGAAAAGGUGGGGUAAAACAAACGCCCACACAAAGACUACUUACAGGUAAUAAACAUAGCCAAAUUAUCUAUAAAGAACGCAGUAGUUACAUGUUGCAAGCAAGGGCGGAGAGGGCGGGUGAAGUUCUUGUAUAAAACUUGAAGACGUGACAAGACCGUAGCUUGAGAACAAUGAUCUUGUCGUGACUUGUGAAGUUCUUUAUAUAAAGUCACGUAAGGUCACGUGCUAUACCGCACGCAGUGCCUGAUAAAAUUUUUACUGUGAACUUGCAAAAUGUAACAACUCUUUCCCGUAAAAUACAUAUUAGAGCUACUAAUACCGGUAAAACCAAUUUAGCCUGAGGCUUAAAUAAACAAAUAAAAAUGGGACUGGGAAGCAAUAAAAUUAUUAUUCGCCGAGGCAAAUAAUUCCUUUAUCGCUUCCCUUGCCUUUAACAGAACCAUGCAAAUUAUCAUACUCAUUCCAGCAUACCCAAGUCAUGAUGAGCUCCGUUUUCUGGGCGAAAUAUCAAGCGGACAAUAAAUAGACAAAACUGCAAUUGGGAAAUAAAUGGCUAUGCACGUAGAGCGCAUGCCGAAUUAUUAUUUCAUAACAAAUGUUACAAUUUUACUUUUUGAAUACGUAAAUAAGAGUUCGUUAACUGUUCGCACAGAAAAGGUGGGGUAAAACAAACGCCACGAGCAUGGUCGGGUAGGCAAUGCUCACCCCACCCCAGCAUGACGAGGGAACGCUGGAAAAAACACCCGAGAUACAAACUAAAUACACCAUGUGCAAAAACUCGUAAUAUACGUGGCAAAUAAAUAUGGAGAGACACAAUUGGAAGGUGAACAACGGUGAACAAACUAAACAAGUCAUGCCCCUGCGUUGACCUGUAAGCUGUACAUGCAUCCGCGUUGCUUCGACCCACACUAACAUAGUCUUAGGAGUACAGAAAGUUUGCCAGUGCACAAGAUAUAAACACAAAGCUUGCAGCCAUCACAAAUCGACCUAUGCAAGCCGAAGAAAUUCAAGGGGGUGUAGUCAAGCUAGGGGUCCGAAUGUAUUUUUUAAAAGCAUCUGAUUUCCAACGGCCCAUUGCUCGUAUUUGGGCGUCUGAAAAUCCGGACUCGGCUGCAAAAGUAGCAGCUCCAAUACGGAAGCUAUAACCUUAUAUUUAGUAGAGUCCAGUCCACAAUUGUGUAGGACAGUUGCUAAAAUUUCAUCGAAAAGUUUCCGUUGUAUAGGUAGGCCGUCGAUUGUACAAAAUAAGGGACCGUCAGAGAGAUCACGAAAGGAAAUAUAGUCAACUAAGUACUGAACUGGGCAUAUGUCUGCCCAACGUGAUAAGCUAAUCUGAACAGACGGGCGAUUAUAAGAGUGUUUAAAAUCAUUAAACUUUAUUUUAAAGCCAACAGUGGAACCGCUACUGUCCAACAUCCUUGUAACCUGCCCGAGCUGAAUGAAAGAUGCAGAUCGAGCACCAGCCGUGAUUUCUUCAAUGCGUAGAAAUGCAAAAAAGGCCGUGGUAAACAUGGCACUGAAUAAGUAAGCUCUGUACCGGCUAGAGCUAAGUGAAUGUACUGCUUGUAUGAUUCUGUAUAGAAUUGGAAGAGUGAUUGGUAAACGUGUGUCAAUACGUGUUCCGAGUUUACCAUAACCUUUCAGCAUUUCUACGACCCAAAAGACUUUAGUGGGGUCAGAAAAACCGGACAAGCGAUGGCAAUAACCGAGUGCAGAGACAUAGGUGUAUGCGGUCGACGCAGCAUAAUGAUGUUGAAACAUAAAGGCAAUAAAAAGGCCUAAGUUGGUAGGCGAUAUCGGCAAAGAAAUAUUAGGGAUAUGAAAAAUUGAGGAAGAAAAAUGACUGUAAAGUCUCCAGGCCCUUUGAUAAGUCGGGAUUGAUGAGGGCUGCAAGCUUGAUUUAACUAGUGAGGUGGUUAUAUCAACCAAUUGAAUUGCCUGGUAAAAGCGUUUCCGGUAUUAUUGUCGGGAAUGGGUGCGUGGUCACUGGUGCAGCCUGCGUGAAUGAGGUGACCUGCAAACGGGACAAAGAAUCAGCUAAAUGAUUUUCUACCCCCGGUACGUGCUUUGCUCGAAACAAAAUAUUAAAUUUCAAGCAGGCCAGCACCAGCCGGCGCACAAAACCCAUUAUCAUUGGAUCCCGUGAGGUUGUUUUGUUAAUGAUAUCCACCAAUGCCGCAUUAUCCGUGAAAAAGAUGAUACGCUGAUUUUUCAUUAGAUCGCCCCAAAGAAGGACGCUGAGUGCAAUGGGAUAAAAUUCUAAAAUCGUAAUGUUAAAACCUUUCCAGUGCUCUGGCCAGGCGCCAUAGCACCAAUAUGGCCCAAAUAUUGCACCAAAACCCAAACUACCCGCAGCAUCUGUGUACAAAUUUAAGGUGCGAGAAUCGUGCCAUUUAUCAUUGAGAAACAUUGAGCGGCCAUUAAAAUCAUCCAGAAAGGAUUUCCAGAGACUUAAAUCCCCUUUAACCCAGUUUCUCAGCCGAAUAAAAUGUUUGGCUGAUCUAACACCUUUUGUGAGGUCAAUGAAACGACAGAGGAAAGCCCGACCCAGGACAAUAACAGAGCAAGCAAAAUUUAAUAGCCCAAUCAAAGAUUCUAGCUCUUUCAACUGCACUUUUUUCCGUGUUAGAAAUGAUGAAACGAGGGAGUGGCAUUUUCCAAUUUUGUCUUGAGGUAGUCGGGCCUCCAUCCGUACUGUGUCAAGUUCAAUACCAGCAAAGAUAAGGAUGCUCUGCGGGCGACUUGUUUUCUCUUGUGCAAUAGGCACACCCAAAUAUGCACACAUAUGCAAGAAUUUCUCAAGGUUAAUGCGACAUUGGACGAAUGUAUGCGCGGCCAUUAGAAAAUCAUCUAAUAUAUGGAUAAGAUGCGGAAUGUUUAAAUGGUGGUGCGCAACCCAUUCCAGAGAUGUGCAACCUCGUUCCCAGGGCUUUUCCCUUUUUGUCAUUGGGAAGGCGGGAAAAGGCCCUGGCACCGGCCGGUCACAUGACUUUCAACACCCAGAUAUAGUGGGUGUAAUAAAUUAUAAUAAUAAUGAAUUAGAAAAUCCAAGAUGGCCGCCAACCUAAGAGUGCCCACAAAAUUUAAGUGCUUAGAACGGCUUAAAAAUGCGUUUAGUCUUUGAAAUUUUUCCUUCUUUUUGCUACCGACUGUAGGAUAUUUAGCAUAUGUUAUAUUAUGGAAUGUUGUGGAAGCACCAUGUGGAAGCACCAUGUAAAUAUAAAGAAUGGCAAGCGGCCAUUUUGUAUUCUAAAAUAUAUACUUGGUUAGUGUGGUUGUAAUCAGUUGUAUUGUGGUUCAAUCCGUAUUUGUUAGAUUCUACAAUUGGCGACGAGGAUGUCUUAAAGAGUUGAACUAUAGUUUUAAACGAAAAUGAGUUCAAAAGAGUUUGAUAUCGGAGGAUUUCGACCGUUUGAUGUGAACAGUGAUCCGAACAGUGUUGGGUCUGAAUGGAAACGAUGGCUUCGCAGUUUUCAGUUAUAUGCUGACGGUAAAGGACUUAUUAUUGAGGCUGGAAAAGAUGACAAUAAGGUGCAGCGACGAGCACUUCUACUUCAUUGUGCUGGAUCGGAUGUCCAGGAUAUUUUCGAUGUUUUGCCUGAGACGGGGAAUGCAAAAGAAUACGAGAAGGCCGAAGAAGCUUUAACCAGACAUUUUGUCACCCAAGUCAACGUUCCGUAUGAGCGACACAUGUUCAGAGAAAUGGCACAGAAUGAAAACGAAACGAUUGAUCAGUUUGCUAUACGCUUGCGACGUAAAGCUCAGCAGUGUGAUUAUGGAGAUCAACUGGAGUCUCAGAUCAGGGAUCAAAUUAUUUCCAGGUGUCGGUCGAGUGAUCUGCGAAGGAAGUUUCUGGAGAAGGGUCAGACGCUUAACCUUAAACAAUUACAAGAAAUAGCAAGAACGUCUGAAGCUGUGAAAAGACAAGCAAAGAGUAUGAGUGUUCAUAAUGAUGGAGUGAACCGAGUUUCUGAAAGGCCUGGUCGACAAGAUAGACGUGAAAGUAAAGGUGAGAAAGGUGGAAAAGUUAAGAAGAGUGGUGAAUGUUUUCGAUGCGGAAAACCAGGACAUUUUGCCAGAGAUCCCAAAUGCCCUGCGAAGGGAAAGGAAUGUUCCAAGUGCCACCAGAAAGGUCAUUUUGCUGUGGUAUGCAAAACCAAAAGUAAAGAUCAUGGCAAACCAAGAGUGAGUUUUGUCGAUGAAGAAGAUGAAUAUGCCUUUACUGUUAAAGAAACAUUGGACACAGGGAGAGUGACAGUGUCUGUUGGAGGUAUUCCAUUGGAAAUGGUCAUUGAUUCCGGAGCGAGUACGAAUGUCAUUGACAAAUAUCUGUGGGAAAAUUUAAAGAAAAAACACAUUAAAUGCACUUCAAGGAAAACCACAAAGAAACUGUAUGCCUAUGGAUCAACAACUCCCCUUACAGUAAUAGGAACAUUUACAGCAGAUGUAAAUGUAGCUGAUAGACACGUGACAACAGAAUUCACAGUUAUCGAAGGAAAGGGGGAGCCGUUAUUGGGAAGAAAGACAGCAACCGAGCUUGGAGUCCUAAAGUUACAAAUUCCAGAACAGUUUGUGAACAGUGUGACUGAUCGUGUUGCGAGACACAAAGUUUUGUUCCAAGGUAUUGGGAAAUUGAAAGAGUAUCAAAUGAAGCUGCAUAUUGAUCCGCAGGUUCGACCAGUUGCACAGUCUGUUAGGCGGACUGCAUUCAGCUUGAGAGGAAAGAUCGAGGAAAAACUUGACGAGUUACUUCGUGAAGACAUUAUCGAGAAAGUUGAUGGGCCGACCCCAUGGGUGAAUCCAGUUGUGGUGGUGCCAAAGGCGAAUGGUGAGGUCAGAUUAUGUGUGGAUAUGCGGUGUGCCAACAAAGCGAUUAUAAGGGAGAGACACCCGAUCCCAACUAUUGAUGAAAUACUCCAGGAUAUGCAAGAGGGAGGUGUUUUCAGCAAGCUAGAUCUCAAGUGGGGGUACCACCAGAUAGAAUUAAGUGAAGAAUCCAGAAGCAUCACAACUUUCGUGACGCACAAGGGCUUGUUCAGAUACAAGAGGUUGAUGUUCGGUAUAAGUUCAGCGCCAGAGAAGUAUCAGCAGGUGAUUCAACAAGUGUUGCAGGAUUGCAGUGGGACAGCCAACAUCUCGGACGACAUUAUCAUUUAUGGUUCUGAUCAAGGUGAACAUGACAAGCGACUAGAAAAAGUGCUGACAAGGCUCGAGGAAAGAGGUUUAACCCUCAACAAAGACAAAUGCGUUUUCGAUAUGCCAAAGCUUACGUUCAUGGGCUUACUCUUAUCAAACCGUGGUAUUGGUCCGACAGAAGAAAAGGUUAGAGCGGUCGUGGAAGCUCGAGAGCCGCAGAAUGUAACAGAAGUGAAGAGUUUCUUGGGCUUGGUGAAUUUCAAUGCAAGAUUUAUUCCAGAUCUCGCAACUGUUGCAGAGCCAAUGAGACGAUUGGCGAAGCGAGGAGUACCAUUUGUUUUUGGUCCUGAGCAGCAAGAAUCGUUUAGAGAACUGAAACGUAGGCUUGCCCAAGCGGAAACCUUGAGUUAUUUCGAUCGAGACGCGAAGACCAAGAUUGUUUGUGACGCAAGUCCAGUUGGGCUAGGGGCAAUUUUACUACAAGAGCACAAAGGAGAGGAUCGAGUCAUUUGUUAUGCCAGCAGAGGUCUUACCGAGGUCGAAAGACGAUACUCGCAGACUGAAAAGGAGGCCUUAGCAGUGGUGUGGUCGUGCGAAAGGUUCCACGUCUACUUGUACGGAAGACAGUUUGAACUGUGGACUGACCAUAAACCUUUAGAAUGUAUCUAUUCAGCUCGUUCUAGACCAUCAGCGAGGAUCGAGAGAUGGGUUUUGAGACUGCAACCGUAUUCGUUUACAGUGAAAUACCUGCCGGGGCAUUUAAAUGUUGCAGAUUCGUUGUCACGUUUGACAAAGAUCGGAGAGAUGAAGUCCGGAAGUAUAGCUGAAGAUUAUGUCAGUUUUGUUGCAAAGACAACAAUUCCAAGAGCCAUGAAUUCCAGAGAAAUUGAAGAAGCAUCUUCUUGCGAUGAAGAAUUAAUGACUAUUCGUCAAUGUAUCGAGACAGGAAAUUGGGACAGUCCCAAGUGCGCCAGUUACAAGUCAGUUCGUGAUGAACUUUGUAUUGUUGGAAAGAUUGUCUUGAGAGGUACACGGAUGGUCAUACCACAGAAACUCCGACCAAGAGUGAUUGAAUUAGGCCACGAGGGCCAUCAAGGAAUUCUCAAGAUGAAACAACGACUGCGUACGAAAGUCUGGUGGCCGCGGAUUGACCAAAAGCGGAAAAGUUCUGCAAAACGUGUCAUGGAUGUCAAGUUGUGAGUAGACCUAUUAAUCCAGAACUAUUGCGAAUGACAGAAUUACCCCUGCGACCAUGGCAAGAUAUCGCUAUAGAUUUCAUGGGUCCAUUGCCGUCGGGAGAUUAUGUAUUUGCUGCAACCGAUUACUACAGUCGAUACGUAGAGGUGACUACUGCGAAAAGAAAUACAGCUGAAGUUGCGAUUAAAAGUUUGGAAAACAUGUUUGCAACCCGUGGACUACCGUGGACAGUGACAAGUGAUAAUGGUCCUCAUUUCCUUGCAGAGACGUUCGAAUCAUUCCUGCAAGAGAAUGGAAUUGAACACCGGAAGACAACGCCCAAGACAAAGGUGAGAUCGAACGCCAGAACAGAUCUCUACUCAAGAGGAUGCAAAUAGCAAGAGUGGAAGGACAAGAUUGGAGGCAAGCAGUGCAAACGUACCUGAUUGCUUAUCGAAAUACACCUCAUCCAACGACAGGGAUGUGUCCUGCUGACUUGAUGUUCAGAAGAAAACUGAGAACUAAACUUCCAGAGCUGAGAGAAAAUGUUAGAUUGGAUGAAGAAAUGCGAGACAAAGACAGAGAGAAGGAGAAAAUGAAAGGUUAUGCUGACAAAAGAAGGAAUGCGAAGGAGAGCAAUUUAUCUGAAGGAGACAAAGUGUUGUUGAAACAGCAGCGCAUCAACAAGUGGACAACAACGUUUGAAAGUCAACUGUAUCAAGUAAUUGAUAAACACGAGAACAGUGUAUUGGUCGAGUCACCCGAAGGUGUUCAGUAUAAAAGAAACACAACUCAUGUUAAACCGUUCCAGGAAAGAGAAUGUGGUUCAGAGGAAAUCGAAAUGUCAGCGACAGUACCUGAAGUACCUCCAGAAAAAAGUGUUCUACAGCAAGCGGAGGGAGAAACAUCAUCUGCCGGGGAAACAUCAUCGCAAGGUGAUCGUGAUGGGCGAUUGCCAAUUGGAGACUCUAACCAAACAGCAGAAAGUGUGCCAGUCAAAUGCCCAAUACCUGUGCGUACCAGACGUGCGCCAAAAAGAUAAAAACAGGUUGUAUUUAGAACGUUUAAUUAACUAAAAUUUAGAAACUUUAUAGGUAGUAUUUAGUAUAUUAUAGUGAACUUUUUAAAAAACUCUUAAAAACAUUGAAAAAAGAAAGGGAUGUAGGAUAUUUAGCAUAUAUUAUAUUAUGGAAUGUUGUGGAAGCACCAUGUGGAAGCACCAUGUAAAUAUAAAGAAUGGCAAGCGGCCAUUUUGUAUUCUAAAAUAUAUACUUGGUUAGUGUGGUUGUAAUCAGUUGUAUUGUGGUUCAUCCGUAUUUGUUAGAUUCUACAUCUUGGACCAUGCAUUUAAGAGCCUGGAAACGAGGUUGGCAUUUGGCUUCCUAAUACAGAAAACUUUUUUCGUGAAUUGGUUGAUUUAAUAAGAAAUGCUGAACAAAGUCACUCUGACUCGCCAGCCUUUUAUUGUCGUAGAUUACUAUGAGAGUAUGAACGCACAUUGAGUAUUUUAACAACAAGAACCACCAAAUAUAAUCAUACCCAACGGAGCAGUUUUUAAUCAACGAUCUACAUGUACUAUACUACUAUUAUUUAAAUAGCUUACGAAAUGAAUUCGACGUUAUUGUUGAAAAUUAUGAACAAACGUCAGAGCGUUUUCACGAGAAGAGUCUUUUCGUUUUUGUUCACAGACGGUUUUUGUGGUCUCCUUUGCCCCGCACUUUGAAAACUAUAGUUUUGCCUCGGGUUAAAAUUUUGAGAAGAAACCCUUAUACUCGAUGCUGGCUGUGGCACAGAUGCAUUAUUUGGUACAGACGAAUUAUAAGUACGUGGUAUUCGGCGGAAACGAGAAUUCAGUUCUUCGGUAACGAUGUGAACUGCUGCACUGAAACGCCUUGUGAUACUGCGUUUUCUUCACGUGUUUGCUAAGAAUGCUGUAAAUUGGACACCGCGAGCGCUUAAGAUUGACUGAACGAAAUCCUGAACAUUCAGUAUUCUGCCCUGUCUCUCUUCCGAACAGAUCUACUUCUAUUUUUCCAAUUUACUUCCGCUUCCUCAUCUUUCAGUUGUAUUCACUUCCGUUUCCUCAUCUUUUAGUUGUAUUGGUUCAUAUUUUAGUUGGAUCGGUUUAUGACAUUGAUGUAUUUGCACAUAACAUUAAGAAAUAGCACAUAACACCAAUUUAUAGCGCAUAAACUCGAUUGAUACAUUUCAGAUAUUUUGUCCGCUAAAAAACUUCAUACAAUAGUAUUGAUUAAAUAUUCAUUAAGAUCACUGUGCUAGAUAUACUGCCAGACAUGGUGGAUGGUGCACGACACAAAUUGCGAUACCAGAAAAAGGUCUAGGGAGGCGAUUAAGUCGUAGGUUCAGCCAUAAGCAUUCCAAAUUUUCACUUUCUAGAUCUACUCGUCGUAUACAAACUCCCCCAUCUCGACCAAUUACGAGAUCUUUACGAAAUAAAUUGUAACCAUCAAUUAACAAUAAGCUGCUGUCUAUGUGUUCAUGUAACCAUAACUCAGUUAUUGCGGUAGUAACAACAGGCUUGGAACUUCGAAGCGCAGUCAAUUCGUCCAGCUUUAGAAGGAGGGUGCGCGAAUUUAGUGUGAAGAAACAAAUCAGCCUCCAUUAAUAAUCUAAUUAACAAUCGCCGUUUUGAUUGGUUGUUAUUUUCGUGUUAAAAGGAGGCGUAUCCAAAUCACUGUCCAGGCUCUAUUUUCACAACAGUACCUGGCACCCAAGCUAACAGAAGAACAUCCAAUUUCCUGCUUCAUACUGGAUAUCUAUUGCUAUAUUCUAUGUUAAGUGCCAUUUUCUCAAAAGAUAUGAGGGGGAUUGGGUGAAUGGUGGAAUAGGGGUAUACAAAUCCGCCGAUCCGCCAAAAUUUGAACUAAAAUCCGCCGAUCCGACAAUGGUCUUGUCAAAAUUUGGAUCCUUCAAAAGCUCUACUAUGCAGACACAAUCCAGGAUUUGAGCCAAAAUAUUAGAUAAAUCCGCAAUCCGCUGUACAAAUAAGAUCUGCAAAUCCGUGUAAAAUAUCCGGACAAUUUUUUCGGUGAAAUCCGACGAUCCGAAAACGUAUUCCACCCCCUCCCCUCGCCCCAAAGGGUGUUGGGCUGUCAAUUUCCCGUUUGUAAUCUAAAAUGACUGAAAAUUGCAAACUUCGCAAGGCUAUAUUAUCCGCAUUUUACAACAUUUCGCAACGAAACUGUGGAAUAUUUAACAAAUAUAAAACAUUUUCCGUGUUGAUAUACAGUUAUAUCAACACGAGUGGAAAUUGGGAAAACGAGAAAUUGUGUGGAAACACGACGCCCGAAGGGCGGACUGUUUUCAUACAAUUUCAAGUUUUCCCAACUUCCACGAGUGUUGAUAUAACUAUAUAUCAAUACGAAAAAAAAGUUUUAUAUUUGUUUUAUAAUAUAGCAAUGUCAAAAGCCCGAAGAAUAAGAAAAAUUUCCGUGUUUACAAGCGGCGGAAAAUUUCCCGUGUUGACAUGGAGUUAUAUCAACACGGCUCUUAGCCAAUCAGCGUUCGGAAUUUACAAAUGCUAUAUUAUAAUUUUCGUUGAUGAUCACGAGUACCCUUUUAAUAGGAAUUAAGACUUUUAAGGUUUUUAUAACCACUCGACUGAGCUACGUAAUUGGUGGGGAUAUCUGCAUCCAUCAACCGCGAAAGGUUUUUCUGACGCAGUGGUUGGUGAUGUUGCCUUCGAUGCCUGCGCUUUUCACUGCUUUCGAGAGAAACUUACCAAUCUCGUUUUUACCCAAGGGAGCUUUUUGAUACCACACGGGCUUUUCUGGCUUUCGUUUGUGAUUGAUAGCGAGGAAAAACGGUGCUUCGGGGUCUUUUAUUGGAUCUGGUCGACGUUUCAUAAACUCUUUGUAAAAUCUUACAGGACAACUUUCGCCGUUUGUUGCAUUGCUUCUGCAACGGGAUUAAAUGCUCGUUGCUACCCAUAAUUUCAAUUGCGUGCUUUUAGCCCUCGUUCAGACUGUCAAACUAAAAACUGGCUGCCGUUUGCUUCGUCUCCGCACAGUUUCACAUCGUCGUCGCCCCAUUUUAGUUUAGUUCUCCGGAAAUUUUUUUUUGAUAGGGGCUCCCCAAAAAAAUUUGCCAACCUCUCGGCGGCCCUGGCUGAUGUUAUAUGAGACCUUUACUCUUUAGAUACAUACAUACAUACAUAGACUACAUAAAAAUUUAUUUAAACAUUUUAGCCCUAACAUCUUUCGAUGAUUUCCAUAGGGGACUUGUAAGAUUAAGACUAAUGCAUUAUACAGCAUACAAACUAUUUACAUAAUUAUUCUUUAGACAAUUAGCAAACAUAAAUAAAUAACAAUACAUACAAACUAUUUACAUAAUUAUUCUUUAGAAAAUUAGCAAACAUAAAUAAAUAACUAUACAUACAAACUAUUUACAUAAUUAUUGUUUUCGAAAAUUAAGUUUCAUUAGUCUUUUGUAACAACUCAUAGAAUUGGAUUGUUUUUCAGUAAUUGAUAAGUUAUUCCAAAGAGUAGUAAUUGCUCCAUUAUAACUGAAGGUCUUUUUCUUAAAUUCUGAUCGUUAUAAAUAAUCCCUAUCUAUCCAUUAGUAUACAGUUAGUUAUGCAAAUUCGUAUUGCCUUAAUCCUUUUAAUUACCUACAUGCCUCCUAAUGAUUUAGCAACACAUAACAACGCAACAUUUGCAAAGUUUAAAACAUAUUUAUUGAUACAAAUAACAGACGAUAUGUCAAAAAAUUACAACUAUGAGUGUUUGUUAAACUGUUCUACAAGUUUUUUCUCCAAGAAUCAUUGAUAAGCAAUUUUAUGAUCGGCCUCAAAACUUCUAAAUCGUUCACCCGUCGCCUUCACAGAAUACAGUAAUAAUAUCCAUUUAUAUCCAUUAUGAUCCUAUUGGUUAUGCAAAUUCGUAUUGGCUUAAUCCCCUUAAUUACUUCAACCUUUGUGUUUUACACGUGGGAAUUACCUUGCAAUCACAUUCUGUGUAAAUUAAUUAUAUUCCCUUAAAAUUUAUCAAAAAAUACGGACAUGCAAACCUCAAGAUGUUUCUGACGUUCUGUACCUAGCAGCAACGCAUAGCAAGCCAAACUUAAUCCCUCUAUACUCGAUUCUGAUUGGUUAAAAACCGUGCCGAUUAAACAUUAAUCGGCACAGUGUGCCGAUUAAAGAUUAAUCGGCACGGAUACGAGCCCGCGUGGAUCAUGCGUGGAGUAAACACAAAAUGUCAACUUGAAAACAAAUAACUUUAGUUGAAAAUGUACAUUUUCUGAGCUCUUUGUUUACAAUGAACUCUUAUUUAUGCUUUCAUAACGAAGAAAAAGGAAGAAAUAAAGAUUAUUCACAGUUUUUACAGGUAUGAAUUGAAAAUUAAUGUCAGAAAGUGCUCUCAAAAAUUGACCACAUGCAGUCGCGCGUAUAUGACUUUGCUCGCUUGAUUACAAAUACAAUGUUUCUUAUCAUUGAUUGCUCGUGUAAAAUUGACUGCUAAAUGAUAUUAAUAGGAAAUUACACUUGUUCUCGAAGUAUUAAUGAAAAAAAUCACACUUGUGUUUGGCGAAAUAUUUAUAAUACCUACGCACUCGCGGUAUUAUAAAUAUUUCGCCAAACACGCUUUUCAUUAAUACUUCUCGAACCGUGUAAUUUCCUAUACUAAUAUCACACACGUGGAGGGACGCUAAAAAAUGCCUAGUCAGCAAGUUUUGACACAUUUCGCCCGAACAUGCCCGCGUGACGUCAAUGCAUAUAUUAAGUGAACACACCCUACAAGAGGUCCACCACCUCAUUCUAUGCUAAUGAUGAUGCGCCGCCCUGAAUAUUUUAUGAUGCGCCGCCCCAAAAAUCCGGCCCGAACGGUACCUAUAUUACUACUGACGCAGUAUUCAAGUGCGCUGCACUAGGGUGAAUAAUCAUUCUCCAUGAGUAUUUGCUUUUAACAUAAACACUAGAUAGGCAGGCAAAUGAGGCAAUAACCGCAGAAAGUGUUCCUUAAUAUCUUCCGUCAAUCAAAAACAUCGUUUGGUAAAGCUCCGUAACAUCAGACAGGAAGUUGCAAACGACACAGAGAGCCGCGCAAAAUCUUAUAAUAAUAAUUUGGAGUGAAAGCGGGCAGACGCAGUAUUGACGUGCGCUGCACUGGGUGUGAAGAAUUGUCUUCCGACUCCUCCAUAAACUAAUGCAUGUAGUUUUGUAAACAUCAUGCAAGGCAGGCAAUAACUACAGGAAGUGUUCCUAGUGUUCAGAAACAUUGAGUCGCUUAUAUACUGAAGCACCCUAUAAUAUCAGACUGAAUGAAGUUCUGAAAACGACUUAUUUCAUAUUGUCACAUGUUGCGAUUUACAUCAUCCCGUAAUACAGUACCAUUAGUGAUGCAUUUACUGUUUACAGUUACAACCAUAUUUCGACGUGAUAUACGAAUUAGUAAUAUAUAUUACAUAAUAUAAUAUUAUAUAUAUAUAUAUAUAUAUAUAUAUAUAUAUAUAUAUAUAUAUAUAUAUAUAUAUAUAUAUAUAUAUAUAUAUAUAUAUAUAUAUAUAUAUAUAUAUAUAUAUAUAUAUAGAUAGAUAGAUAUAUAGAUAAAUAUCAAUGUAAUAAAUACUUUGCGAAUUAUUGUAUUAAUGAUCGAUAAUUAUCUUGAAAACGAUUUUUAUCUUUGUAAACUUCCAACAAAUACAUAAAACGUUGCGAUUUCACUUUCACCGAAACACUAUUAGAACAAAACAUCUCUCACAGAAUAAAAAGCCGCCAUGAAAGUCUUUUCAAUUUCAAAAUUCGAAUUAAAAAAGUACUUCCUCCGUGAGUAUAUCUAUAUAAUAUCGUCUUCAUAAUACGAAAGCGAACAUAUAGCUGCAUCCGUUCGAGUGCUUGAAUAGAGGAAGCUCCAUAGUAUAUUGCUAACAUUAUUUUCAUAAUAUAGUAAUUGUAUUAUUCCAAUGCCAGCAGUCACAACUGCAUCUGCUGGAGACAAAUACAUGUAAUAUCAGAGUUUUACUGUAAUGAUUCUGGAGGAAUUAAUUGGUUCUUUUGUCGCUGUUUUUACGGAACUGAUUCAAACGCCACGUCUAUCCAGGGGAACUCUACCAAGAGACUGUAGGUUAUUAAUAUUCGAAGAAAAUCCUGAACAAGACGAAGUAUGUGAUGGCUUGAUACACCGUGAGUACGAGCAAGGGGGACAGCCCGAGUUGUCUUAUUAUGAAGAAGAAUUAUCAGCUUUGGUGCAAACUGAUCAAGAACGCAGGCGAAAUUUCUGCGAAUCAUUUCUACGAAGUUGUAAGGCAAACGUCGGAUUAGUAAUGCAGGCUUUCUUCAUAAUAGGCUCGCUGAUUGUUGGCCUUGUCUAUCUUGACUUAAAUACAAGUAAUGCGUGCAUACAAUGGGUGCAUAACAAGUUCGUCGUUUCUUCACACGUGCGGAUUUUACAAAUAACUGGGAUGUCUUUGAAAUUACUGCCGUUUUAUGCAUGGUUUCCGACAACCGUUUUUUUGUUGUGGGGUUUCAGAGAGUUCAAAAAGAAUUAUCUGUUGUGUUUGUUUAUCUGUCAGUUGGUGACAGCAUCCAUUGCUUGUGUUUACGGGAUUAUUGUAUUUGAUAGGUUAGAGAUAUUCACUGAUUACAGCAAAUAUAGGUGAGUGCUAUGCUGGUGAGUAAAGGUAUAGCUAAGCUAAGCUAAGCUAAGCUAAGCUAAGCUAAGCUAAGCUAAGCUAAGCUAAGCUAAGCUAAGCUAAGCUAAGCUAAGCUAAGCUAAGCUAAGCACACAAGAUAUAGGACAAAUGUGGGAAUGGUACGAAAAUUGAUCUUCUUGCGUUCAUGUAUGGUGCAUGGCCUACACAUAUAGGGGUCCCAAUUUUAUCCUAAAUGUUUCAAUGCAUGACCGUCGCAGGCUCGCAGGCACUUCUAUUUUUGUUUACUUUUGGAAUCUUACUCUCUAAUGCAUGAUACAAAUUUUUGCCUGCAUGAAUAAUUUUAAAUUAAGUACGUGAAAAAUGACGAGAACGGAAGUAUUCCGGGAUACAGAGGAUACUGUAUGGGUACGUCUGAGGUAUAUAGCGACGUUGAGGUAUUUAUAUGACUUAAUUCAGGAUUGUGCUAAGGCAGUUAUUACAAUAGGCUUGUGGAACGUAAAAUCUGGUUGAGCAUCUACAGUAGCUUUGUCGUUUAACUGAAACCGCAAAUAUAUUGCUGGAGCCAAUAAUAUGUUUGUUCCAGCUAAUGCUCCGGUGACAGAUCGAUGCUUAUAUAGACGCUCAUGGGAUGUGCACAGAGUUUCACAGGCUUCGAGCAUUUAAAAUUUUAGACGUACAGGGCUCAGGUAUUUACAACUUUUAGGGGUUUGAGUUUGUGAAUGUUUCUUUCCGAUAUAAACUCAUUUAGCCUGCGAGGCAGGCUCUGGUUAGGGGAAGAAAGAGCCUGCAGUCGCUUCUAAUAAAUUUUCGUGUAUAGCGUUUGCCCGCGAACGCUAGCUUUUGAUUGGCUAUAGCUCUAAUGACACGUAAACUAACAGUAAUAGAGAAGUUAAGAUACCCUGGUUCCGGUUUACGGGUACGAGUAUCGCCAUUUUGUUGACCUAUUUUUGCUGAUGUCAGCAAUUUUUCCCGUAAUUUUUCACCGCGGUAAACCGUGGUCUACACGUAAAAGACAAACGGGUACGGUUGUUUUCUGCUUACUAUUUUUGGGCCGUUUAAAUAUUACAAAUUUUCAACAUCUUACCCAAACAAAUAAUGCACGUAUGGCUGGUCAAAGUAUUCAACAAUUUAUCGGCGAACCUCAACAGCGAAAAUUGCCAUUCUCUGAUCGGUUUUCUCACGCCGGAGUAUCUUGGAUUUUUUAAGUUACAAGUUAUUCCCCGAUUUACGGGUACGGGUAUAUCACCCGUACCCGUAAACCGGAAUCGGGGUACAUUAACCUCUCUAAUAUCAAUAUUCAAAACGGUCAGCAAUCAAGAGGCAUUCGAGGAGUGUCAAGUACAGCAUGCACUAAAUGUUCUAGAAGUACAGGGAUUGUAACAAUACUCCGACACUGUGAAAUAGUAUGGUAGACAUUCUAUACGCGAGUGCAGACAUUCUAGGAUUUCUGAAUAGAAUAAGUGUUGAUGUUGCUAAAGCAAUAUAUUAUAGCCAGGGCCGUAACUAUAGACGCCAUAAUUCGGAGCGGGAGGGGGGUGAAUAUUCAUAAUUUAUAAUCAUGUUCACAUACCGUAAAAACAAUCGCUUUCAAAAGAAAUCCGUCGGGCAGAACACGAGUAUAUGAAUAUUCCCCCCCCCCCAAUUAUUGCGUCUACAGUUAUGGCCCUGAUUAUAGCGUUGAAUCCUCGCUCAUUUUCAUCAUCUUUCAAAUUUUCCAAGUUGCAAGCGCUCCUAUAUGUAUAUAUAUUUUUGUCACUGAAAAGCCCCUUUAGGGGAGUGUCAAUAAAGUCAAUCAAUCAAUCAAUCAAUCAAUCUCCUCAAUACAGUGUUUAGUAAUGGACAAUAAACCUAAUAAAUGUUUGAGAGUACAGAGAGUUGAUCAGGUUUGAUGGCUUUUAAAAACAACUGUCCGACUUACAGAAGGCUUUGCAUUCCCAGUUAACUUCUCGCUCUAAAGCAUUGAUUAGUUCCCUCGAUAGAAACUCAUGGCGAAAAAAUGCAUUUGCUAUACUGGCUGCCACCGAGAUAAACAAAUGUCUCUAAUUAUAACAGUGGUAUUUUUGUCAAAAUUGCGUUUAACAACAACUCUGAUGUUUGCCAUCCCAGUAUAUAUAUAUAUAUAUAUAUAUAUAUAUAUAUAUAUAUAUAUAUAUAUAUAUAUAUAUAUAUAUAUAUACAGGGUGUAUAAAAAAAAACGGAGUCCAACUUUUGUGCUUAAUAACUUUCUGACUGCUACUUCUAAUAAAACGGUUUUAGGCUUAUUUUAAAGCCUGUUCAUUUAUCGCUCGAACAAAUGGUCAUCCGUGUCUUUAGUGCAAGUAAUAACUGCACAGGAGAAAAUUUAGUAAAACCUAUCAUGUUUAGAUGCCGCUUAAUUAUACAAAUUUACUGUGUUAUUCCAUAGUCGGUUGCAACGUUUGAAUUUUCUUGUUCAAACUUUAAUAUUCUUGUUGCCACAUCAGAAAAACACGUAAGAACUUGUUAAAAACAUUCUAAAAGAGAUUAGGUUGUUUUAUUUAUUUCAAAAUCCUAAAUUAUUUCCAGAAAUCCUCAAAACAACCUUACGUCCAUGCAUGAUCGUCCGAACGAGCACCAUCGAAACGGGCCGUAAUGUAAAUAUAAAUUAGCAAAGCUAAAACACGCUUCAGCCGGGAUUAUAACGCAUUUGAAGUCAGCAAGUGAAUUUAAAAUAGUGUAUUGGAAGCCAUUAUGACUUGAUUUUUACAAGCAAUUGCCAAAAUGCCUCAAUUUGCUCGUUUUGUUGACAAAAUAAGUUAUUUUCAUCAAGUACCGGUUUCUUAUUGCAUCUCAAAUUUUUGACUCUCCAAUCGCAAUCACUUAAAAUAUUAUUAUUCACGAACUUCUGGAUUAUAUUUACGAAACAGCCCACGGUUGAAAAGCUGAAUGUCUACGCUUUAAAAUGAAAGUAAACCUGAACGUUUUGCUUUGAUAUUCGUUUCGAAAUUUAUAUUUGAAGCGAGGACUCCGUUUUUUAUGACACACCCUGUAUAUAUAUAUAUAUAUAUAUAUAUAUAUAUAUAUAUAUAUAUAUAUAUAUAUAUAAUAUCGCAAGACACUUGCGUGAUUAAUUGACAUUUCGCAGGAAGUAAACAACAAAAUUCUGCUGAUAUAUGAUUGGUCAAUCCAUAGAUAGAAUUUGAAUUUAUUAUAAGGGGCGGCACUAAAUUUUAUUAGAAGCGACUGCAGGCUCUUCCUUCCCAGACCCUCGCAGGCUAAAACUCAUG